CUCGAGACGAGAGAGGCCCUCGGCCGGAGACGUGCGUCCCGGAGCUCAUCUCGUCCGGCGUUACGCGACCUCAUGGUGGAGAGCGUGCCUCAACUUGGCGCCAGCGCCCCCGCCCUCGCGCGUGGCGCGCGACCCGACCCCGUUCCGGACUCUCCCCCCGCCCCCGCCGCCUCCUCAUCCUCCUCCUCCAGCGCACGCGCUCGCUCCAAGGCGCCUCGCGGGCGCCGCCUGGGCCUCACCCGCCCCGUGCGCCGCGCCAGCGCCAACGCAGACGCCUCGUCAGUUGGUGCGGGUGACACAGGCGGACGGCGUCAGCCCAGGUAGCCCCUGCGCUUCCUGCAGCCAUGCCCUGGUGCUGAGCUGCUGGCCUGCUAGUGGGCUGCAAUGGAGCACCCAUGCAAACAUUUUGUACUUUGGUAAUUUGAAGAGGGUUGUGCAGGGUAGUGUACCCUCUUAUGUCAGUGCCAUUGAAAAUGAUACACUACACUUUGCAGUUCCAAUUUUUCUUACCUGUUUACCAUACAGUAGACAUAAAUUUCAUGAACUGAAAUUGAUAUGUGUGGUACA